AAGUUCUUGAAACGCAAAAGUGUGUGGGUGAGUCAUUGUUUGAAAGCGGAUGAGCUAAAUCACAGGAGAGAAAGCAUUUAUUCACACUCGGCCGACAAAGACAAUGAAAUCUUGAGGUGUAGUCAGAGGCUGAAACUUUACUCCGAUGCUGGCUGUAUCUAGAUGUUCGACAGCUUUGAGCUGGAGAGUUCCCCUGCGCUGCUGUGCCCUCUCUCAGGGGAGCUCUACCACGAGCAGCCAGCCCUCCACCACAGCCAAGCCACAGUUUCUAAGAACGCAGACUGCUCAUUUUCACCAAAGUAAAGCCCAGUCCAGUCCGUACCCAAACAAGAUCACUUCAGUGCUGUCCGCCGGGUCCGGGCUGGACGGGGAGCUGUUUGGUAUGGGUUUGUGGUCCCUGGGUCUGGGGGCAGUCGGAGCUGCGCUGGCGGGGAUUUUCUUGGCCAACACUGACCUGUGUCUUACUAAAUCUGCCAGUGCAUCGCUGGAAUACCUUGAAGAUGCCGACCUGCGCUCCACUACAGGAGACGACAAGGCCAUCAAAGCAAAGAGCCUGUGGGACAAGAAUGGGGCUGUGGUCAUGGCCGUACGACGGCCCGGAUGAUUUUUGUGCAGAGAGGAGGCCUCUGAGCUGUCCUCUCUGAAGCCCCAGCUGGAAGAGCUCGGGGUCCCUCUGUUCGCGGUGGUGAAAGAAGACAUCGGCACAGAGAUCAGGGACUUCAGACCGCACUUCCAUGGGGACAUCUAUGUAGAUGAGCAGAAACGCUUCUACGGCCCGAUGCAGAGGAAGAUGGGGGGUCUGGGCUUCAUUCGCCUCGGAGUGUGGCAGAACUUCAUGCGGGCCUGGAGGUCCGGGUACCAGGGCAACAUGAACGGAGAGGGCUUCAUCCUCGGGGGGGUGUAUGUCAUCGGACCAGGGGAGCAGGGCAUUCUCCUGGAACACCGCGAGAAGGAGUUCGGCGAUAAGGUGGCGACAGCUGAUGUCCUCGAGGCCAUUAAGAAAAUCGUACCAGUGAAAUAAUUUUUCGUAGCAUGAGACAAAAAGCAGGUACACUGUAUGAGUUCAGAACUUGACACCUUGAAUUGCAGUCUGUUAAUGAAAAAUAGCUAAUAUAUAGAUGUUUGUUUAAUAUCAUAAUAUACCUCUGUCUUUUUGCACGUUACUUAUUUGCUGUUAGUUAUGACAGUUGAGCUGAGUUAAUGUUUUUAGAGAGCAUUCGUCUUGAAUUAUUCCUCUUUACCUCUGCAGACACCAGCCAGGUAGAUAUUUGACACGGGUACGAAAAAGUAAGGGACUUAAAAAGGCAGCAUUUUCGUUCAGGUACAUCAGCCUUUAAGCGUAGUUUCACUUGAAAUGUGUCCACUAGAAAAUCACGCAUGUCUUCUAAAGGCUGGUUCUGACAUUUGAUUCCAAUUAUGUAGAAAUAUCUGUCUGUUAGAGGUACAUUUUUAAUAGUGUUCCAUUUGCUUCAGCCACCUUGACCGGGCCUCCGACAUGACAGACGAGAGUCCGCGGUCUGCAUGUGUGAUAAUGACAACUUGACUCUAAACUCAGCGCUGAGAGGAGCAGGUUAGAUGAACAAACACACGCGGCCUGGACUCCCGUCGUCACGCUGAGGCGCGUUUGCGGGUCCUCGAUGCAGGUGUUGCUUGAAUUUGUGUGUGUGAUAGAAACUUGAAUGUACCUGCGUUUCAGCUCAUUAGCUGCAGAUGAACAAAUAAAGACCUCGUCACUAUA